AUCAGAUUCACAACUGUCAGUGUCCAUGCUAGCUGGGCUAACAACAAAUGUAGAAAUACUGAUGCUAGUAUUGGAUGUGCUCGUGGAAGCAGAACGACUUGUCGUCGACAGGUGGUACUACCAGUAGAGCUGGUAUGUGUCUCUAUGGACGUGGGCCUUACUUUUUUUUCAAAUACAUUUUCAAGCAAACGGAAUGAGCAGCAACUGCAUUUUGGCUACAUAAUAGUUAGUGGAAAUCCCGCGAGGUAACGGUUAAGAUUUGUGACAAUGCUGUGUCUGAAGAUGACCAUGAACAUGAGACCUGGCUCACUGUGGAUAUUACAUCAAAUCAGCCACCUGUCACCCAGACCUCCCAUUCGAAGCAUCUCCCACGCUCCCUUUGCCUGUGACCACCACAAAACAUACCGCAGCCACGUCCCUCUUCCGGUAGCCACAUUACCACGCCUCCGUCUUAGUCUGCCUCUCAAAUCAACUUUAUGCUUUCAGCCAUGUAGACCAGCAUCUACAACCAGUGGUACGGGCUGGUAUGAGAGCCUAGCAGACUCUACUCCUGUCCAUCUGACUGAGCAGCUACUGAUCUCUGUCCAUCAGACCACAGGUCUACCAUGGUGGGCCAGUAUCGUAUGCACCACUGUGGCCCUGAGGACAGUUGUCACACUGCCACUUGGAGCCUACCAGGCGGUCAUCAUAGCAAAGGUUGAAGCCCUGCAAGUGGAGAUAGCGGAGCUGGCUAAGAGGCUGCGCUACGAUAUCUCGGUGCGAGCCAAAGAGAAGGGCUGGACGGAAAAACACUGCCGAUACCAAUUCAAGAAGAACCUGAAGAGGAUAGUGUCUGAGCUGUACGUGAGGGAUAACUGCCACCCCUUCAAGGCCAGUCUGCUGGUAUGGGUGCAGCUGCCCAUGUGGGUAUGCCUCUCCCUGGCCCUGCGUAACCUGAGCCUGGGGGUGUCUGAUGCUGCGACCGCGUUGCAGACAGAGCUGGCAGUAGGGGGAACUCUAUGGUUCUCCGACCUGACAUUGCCUGACUCUACCUGGAUCAUGCCUGUCUCUCUGGGCCUCAUCAACCUGCUCAUCACAGAGGUAUUUGCUCUGCGGAGGAUGGAAGCGUCCAAGUUCCAGAAGUAUGUGACCAACUUUAUCAGAGGGAUCUCUCUGUUGAUGAUACCCAUAGCUGCCACCGUGCCCUCCUCCAUGGCUCUGUACUGGCUAAGCUCCAGUUGUGUGGGACUGGGCCACAACCUGCUCCUGCGCUCGCCUCGCUUCCGGAGGCUGUGCCGCAUCCCCCCCACGCGCUCUGACUCGGACACGCCUUACAGGGACAUCGCUUCUUCCUUUGUCUCCAAAUACAUCAAGUGAAAGAGGUUUUCCAUCUGAUAGUAGAGAAAGAGACUGUAGCCCCCAAUCAUGUCAAUGCCAUAGCCCCUUCCCCUGAUUCAGUCAAUCUUCAUGAUGAGUUGAAGAAUUACGUGUGUUAGCGCUGGGUUGGAACAAACACCUGCACUGUACACCAUGUAUCUCUCCAGGACCAGGGUUGGUGACCACUAAGAUCUAGAGUGGACCACGGUCCAUCAGAGAGAAUCAGACCUUGUGGACAUGGAGUAUCCAACACGUCCAUAUCUGACAAACCAAGUCAGUGUCAAGAUCUGUUUGUGACUGGUAUAUACUGUAGCAUGUACAUGCAGGUUUACUUUGAAAGGUAACCACUCCCUGUUCUACCCAGGAUAACUUGGUGUUGUGAUUGAAGACUAACUGGCAAAUGACAUGCAAGAAAUGUACGUAUUUAAGAUAACGACCACAGUCAUGGAUGAUCAAUGGAUACUACAUUUGUACUUUGAACUUCCAGUGUAAAUUGCAUGAAAGGUGUGUUAUUUUGUGAAUUUUAUGAUCCAGAAAUUGAUGACAUCAGAUGUGCUCAAAGUUGAAGUAAUUGAGUUAAGUUACAUCAGUAAAAUAAAACAUUUUGUAUUAA